AUGUGCUCUCAUAUUCUGCCUGCUUACACUCCAAACAUCGACCAUGAAUCUUCGACCACGUCCAUCGUGCUUGCCUUGCUGACACUCAGCCCCAUCCUCAUCAAUCCCGCGUAUGCGGUACUCGUGGUUCAGACGCGUGAGCUAUUCUUUCUUGAGAUGUGGGCCGGGCAGAUGCUCUGUGAAGCAUUCAACUGGGGUUUGAAACACAUCAUCAAGGAGAAGCGUCCAAAUUUUGAGCUGGGCGACGGCUACGGCUUCCCUUCUUCACACAGCCAAUGGAUGGGCUACUUUGCGGCGUUCUUGCUCUGUCACAUCACCUUUUGCCACCGGUUCGUAUCAACAGGAUACCGACUGCUUGACCUUGCCUGGAGAAGCCUAGCCGAACUCGUGUGCAACAGCUACCAUCUAUCAUACCACAGCGCUCAUCAAGUUCUAUGGGGUGUAUUGAUCGGCGCAUUCUUCGGCACAUCUUACUACACCGUCAUCGAGCUCAUUCCCUGCAAGUAUCCAGCGUCAACUCUUGGACAGGUCCGUGCGGCCGUGCUCUCAAACCCAAUCUCCUCUUGGUUCAGGCUCCGUGACGGAUGGGCAGUGUGGGGCGAUAGUGGGACGGAAGACCAAUGGCAACGCUGGCGAAGCGAGUGGAACAGACGAAGGUUGCAGAUCCAAAAGGAUAUAAAGCGCGAAUAA